AGGCUCAAGAGUGCUGUCAAGUGCCCAUUGUCCUGCCCCAGUGCUCAUGUUGCCCCGCGAUGGAUGUCGUCACUGAUGCGGCGACCUCCGCGGUCCGCGGGGGCCUCAGCGCCGCGCAGGUAGCCGCCGGCGAGCUGGCCAAGCAGGCCAACAGCGUUGCACAGCUGGCGUCGUCCAAGGAUCCUGUGGCCUGGCUGACGGGAGAUGACGACGACGUGGAGGCCGACUUCGUCGAGGAGGACCGGCCUUCGCCGCUCGUGUCGGUUCCGCUGGCGGCCGUGCAGUCCUGGGCGUCCGUCUCGCACGCCGGCCCAGUUCCACAGGCCUACCCGGGCAUCGGCGCCCCCGAGGCGGCCACCGAUGCCGCAGGGCAGGCAGCGGAGGCUGAGCGUCGACCCAGGGAACCACCUUUCACCAUCGACCCUGGGAUCAAUGCCAAGGUCGCGCUGUGGGAGGGCGAGCCCUGCUCCCUGGAGGUGGACGCCCUGCUCGCCCCUUCGGCCGCUGGCUACUCGCCGGGCGCCAGCCUCGUUUUUCCGAAGGUGUUGAGGUACGGUGGCAAGGACCUGAGGGCGGACCUCAGGCACCUGGACCCGUGCCGCAGCGGGGAGGCGAGGCUUGCCAAGGCGUACGGCCUGCCGUGUCAGCGGCUGCUGCUCACCGUCGGGCCCAAGUACAAGGAAAAGUACCCAAUCGCGGCCCAGAACACGCUGAACGCGUCUUACCGCGAGUGCUUCCAGCUGAUGGCCGAGGCGGAGCUGCGGACUGUGGCCGUGCCGUGCACGUGGUACAGGCAAGGCUACCCGCCCGAAGAGCAGGCUAACGUGGCGCUGCGCACCGCGCGCCGGUGUCUCGAGAAGCUGCGCGGCGCGGUGGACACGGUCGUCUUCGUGGCCGCUGGUCAGCAGGAGGCUGACUUGUACGAGAGCCUGAUGCCGCUGUACUUCCCGCGCGUCGCGGAGGAGGCGGCGGCGGGCGCCAGGGUGCUGCCAGACAGCUGCUGGACGCCGUGGGGCGAGGUGGCGGUCGAGGAGAGGAAGAUCCGUGUGUCCCACGCCCUCAUCUCGGGCGAGGACGAUGACCGGGACCUCCUGUUCUCCCCGACCGACGCAGACGACAGGGGGUUCCUCAACGCGGACGCGAACGCCGACGAGAGGGCGCUUCAGCGGCUGCAAGGCACCAUGACCGAGGCCGAGACCGCAGAGCAGGCGAGGUCGGCCUGCAUCAGGUACUUGCGGCGGGCGAGAGAGGUGCGCGCAGAGCCCGAGUGCUCCCGGUUCGUGUAUAGAGCCGGCCAGGACGAUCGCCUGCGGAGACACAUCAUUGUGCUGCUAGGUGCUCGACUGCCUUCUCUCGGAGUCCGUGACGGACGGACGCUUCCUUUGUUUGUGAAGGAGUGCGAGCUGCUGCAGGGGGAACCCUUCACCCUGCUGUAUUUCAACAGCUGCGUGUCCGCCCUCGACACCUCGACGCUGGAGGUGCUCCAGGAGAUGCUUGCGGUCAUCAACGCCAAGUACCGCAAGUCCCUGGACCAGAUAGCGGUGGUCCACCCGGGCAUCUGGUUCCGCGCGGCCUUCCGGCUGGGCAAGCUGGUGAACGAGGAUGCCGCGAACGUGUGGGACGACACGAUCUACUUCG